ACCUAGCAACGGAACACAUACAUAAUAUUUUGACACGCAUCUUUGGAGGGUCAGAGACAAAACAUGGCUAAACAACAAGACCCAGAGGACGAUGAAGAAAUCCUGAGCACGUUUGAAAAGUUUGUUCGAAAUCAGGGACUGGUUGACUGGCCCGUGGCGUUUGAGGAGAAUAUAGAGAUAUCAUCCCACUUCAAACAUUACAGCCAUCCCAGACAGAUAUAUGACUACUUUAAAGUAAACGUGCCAUUCCCAGUGGACGUCACCAUGUCCUUCUCCAAGAGCAUAGAGGAGCUAUAUUCCAAGAUAAAACUACAUGCAUCCAUAAUGUCACAAGAACAGAGCAAAAACAAGAAUGCGGAGUCAGUUUUUGAUGACAUGAAUAAAUAUAAAAUGUAUGUGCAAAGAGCACAUCGAAUCAUGAAAGAGCAGAGUGAGGCAGUGUCGCGGAGCUUGGACAUCAAGGACUAUGACUACCCAGGGUUUGAUGCAGUCGAGGACACUGACAUCCCAGGACAUCCUGAUGCCUUACAGCAUUUGGACAGAGUAUCAGAGGCCCAAGGCUUUAAUCCAGGCUUCCUGAAGAUCUGGAGGCCGUUCUUUCUGUGUGAUCUGUCCGUGGCUGUUCUCAAAGACACAUUCUGGUGGUUCUUCCUCCACAGAUUUAAGCCUAAUGUGGAGGAGGAGAGCCAGUUGUUUGAUCGGAUCUCUGGAGCCUUUGUCUCUCUGCUGAUGACCGUUCAGAUGGACCUGAAGGACAAGCUCUUUAAGGUGUAUGCAGACUGCCUGGCCCAGGCGGUCUACACAGCGUUCUACGGAGCGUUCCCUGGGUCCAUGGAACGUCUGGGCCAUGACUUCAAGACAGACCUGGCUGACCUCAUCUCCCUCUGGGUGUCAGGUGUGAAGCCCACCCUGUUGUCAUGGCAGAGCUGGAACCUGGGCUGGCUGGAUCCUGUAGACACGUCCGGGAAGAGCCAUGGAGAGUCAGCAUGUGGUAAGACCUGAUCUACUGACCUGUUGUUUCAGAUUCACAUCUACUGACCUGUUGUUUCAGAUUCAUGGAGGGUU